AUGUCUGACGAGAAGUCUUCGGGGCGGCUAGAGCCGCGCGAAAGCGUAUGGCAGCAAUCCGACGAAGAGAGUGGCCCCGAGAACAAUCACGACUCGACCAAGGAGGACCAGUAUCUGGAUAGCUGGCAAGGAUGGAUUGUUGUUACAGCAUCGGCAUCCUCGCUCUUUGUCUUUAUGGGCGUGAUUUACUCGUGGGGCAUCUUACAGGCUGACCUGGCACACAAGUCCAACAUGUCCCUGACGACGUUGACAUUUGUCGGUUCGUUAGCUACGUCGUUCAUGACUUCUAUAUGCAUAUUUGUUGGAAAAGCUGUUCGAAUAUUUGGCUAUCAAGAAACCGCGAUUGCCGGCGCCAUCUUGCUGGGUUUGGGCGAGUUUGCCUCGAGCUGGGUGACCCAUCAUCUCGGGGCGCUUUUCGUCACUCAUGGUGUCAUAUUCGGUGUCGGUGGCGGAUUGACAAUCUUGCCCUGCUCGACUGCGCCUUUGCAGUGGUUUCGGAAGCGUCGCGGUCUCGCGACAGGCGUCGUCUUCGGUGGUGGCAGCCUCGGCGCCGCAGUCAUGGGCGUAGCGACGAAUAGCAUGAUCGGCCGCAUCGGUGCGCCUUGGACUUUUCGAGUUUUGGGAUUUAUGCUGUGGGCAGUUUGUCUCCCGGCAGCCUGUUUGAUGAAGCAGCCGGCUUCUACACAGAACGCCGUUCCCAAGUUGCAAUGGCAUCGGUUCAAAGACGUCGACUUUCUCAUCAUAUUUCUCGGCUCCGCUCUCGCCUGCUUCCCUCUCUUCAUCCCCCCCUACUUUAUUCCCAUCUUUGCUCGCUCAAUCAGCCAAUCUGGAAACACGGCAAUCAUUGGCCUGACCAUCUGGAACAUGGCAUCCACGGUGGGACGGGUCUGUGCCGGGUACACUGCCGAUUCUCUGUUGGGGCCUUUGAACAGCUUCCUUGUUUCUUUGAUUUGCUGCGCAGUGAGCUCGCUGGCUAUCUGGCCCUUUGCCUCCAACAUGAGGGUUCUUGCCGCAUUUGCCGUUAUCAACGGCAUAGGCUGUGGAUCGUUCUUCAGCUUAUUUCCUACAGUCCUAGGCUCCGUCUUUGGGCAGGCAAACACUAUGGGGGUGUUGCCCAUCAUGUGGGGAGGAUGGUUUUUUGGGUUCUUUUUUCAUCGGUAUUGGGAUUGGACCAGAGCAUCCAAGGUCAAGUGCGUUCAUACGGGAGCUUCACCGUGCCAGCGAUGCCGCAGGUCCAAUCUGGAGGGGUGUGCACUGAGCCUUCCAAAGACUCCAGGGGGGAAAUCAAGGCACAAGAGACCUCGACGUGCUCGUGCAUCGGCGACACCACCAAAUCAAAAUGAAGUGACAUGGGCCAACACUCCUUUGCAGAGCGAGACGGCUGUUUCGUGUGCUGCCAGCCAUGGCAACCAAUUUACGAGUCGUGGCCAACAAGGAGAUAAUUCGGUUGAACCAGGCUAUUCGACGAAUGCUUACAAUAAAGAUCUCGUCGAGAGCCACAUCUCCAGUCUGCCCCCCGGUAUUGUGAUGAAGUGUCUCAACGUUUUUGCCAACAAAUUUCCAGAGCUGGCCAUCCUACACCUGCCCAGCUUCAUCGCAGAACUUCGUUCACGCAGCUGCAAGGAAGCCAUCUCUCUCUUGAGCGCUGUGCUGGCAGUGACGCGCUCUCAAAUCUGUGUUUUGAACGCCUCUUGGGGAGACAAUCUCUUGCGCCGAGAGCAUUAUGCACUCUACGCCAAAGACCUCCUCAAGGAUCUCAUCUUGCAGCCUCCAAACAUCCAGGUUGUCCAAGCUUUGCUCAUCAUAACGCUGCAUGAAUGGGGCGGCAGAGACUUUCACAAAGCCUGGAUUUACUGUGGAAUCGCAAUUCGAAUAAUGCAAGCCUUGCAUAGCCUAAGAGUCGCGCCCUAUCCUCUCGAUCAGAUCUCGGAGAGGAAAACCGACGCCACCUCGAUCGCCAUAGAGACCCGCACGUACUGGGCGUGCUUCAUCAUGGACUGCAUGGUCAACUCGGGCACCUACAACCCGCCGAUGCUGCCCAUGUCGGAGAUGAUCAAGCUCAAGAUCCCGCGUCCCGUCGGCGUCGUCGAGUUUGCCUUCGGUCCAGAUCCCUUAUCGUCCUCCUCCCGGGCAUCGCCGCCGCCGCCGCGUAGCGACGAGUCCUACGCCCACCACACCACUGGCAUCCUCGACAUCACGCAAGGUUUCGAGAUCCUGGUCGCCGGGUUCGACAUCUGGACGCAGCUGAUGACCUUCAUCUUCCAGGACGGCCGCCGCGCGCCAGGCAUGUGCGCGCCGCACAACUGUCCGUGGGUUGUGGGAUCGCCGUGGCUGGCAACCCGCGACCAGCUGGACAACUGGAGGGCCAACCAGCACCGCAAGCUGUACUACCCGAACAACUCGGUCGCGGUGCACAUGACCUUGGGGUACGGUGAGACGUUUGCGUAUCUCAAUCUGUUGUACUAUGUUAGCCCUGGGGACAGCACAUUGAUGCUGCAUCGCGAGUACUUCCCAUUUCUACCGACGCUCGAGUCGACGCCUCAAGGCCCGGUCGACCAUCCUAUGCUCGAAGCUACCGCCCCAGACGGGUGGUGGGAUGAAAGUGCUCGCAUUUUAUUCGGGGCGGCAGAGAACAUCGCCAAGAUUCUCCAAGAAUCCUCGGAGUGCGGUGUGCAUCUGAUGACGCCCUUUGCCGGCUUCUGCGCAUUUUCAGCAGGCUACCUAAACCUAUACGUCCAUCAUUUCCCGCGGAUGAAUUUGGGUCGAAGCCCACAAGCAAAGGCGUGCAUGGAUAUGUGCCUCGACUAUCUCAACGAGUUUCGCAAAAUCUGGACCAUCGCAGAUGGAUGGAUGAAAACUAUCCAGCACGCCUCGCUGCUGUAUUCUCGGGCCGUCGAGAAUCGCUCGCGCUACCAGGGAAGGACCAGAACCGACUUUGACGUGCUGCACCAGUCGAUCCACGAGUUCCGCGGCGUGGACCGGUCGGACCAGCACACGCAGGAGAUUGACGGGGCCGACCUGUCCAGACAGGCAGAGGGCCAGAGGCAGCCCAUCGACGGAAUAGUGCCAGAGGUCGAUACGAGUACCCUGCUGACGCAGUUACUCGCGGAAGUGAGCAGCAACUUGGACGAGCAGGGCGCGUGGUCCCAGUGGUGGCCGCCGGUGGAUGAGGUGGCUUUGCCAACUACAAGCUAG